CCGGCACUGCCCGCCCGCGGAGCGCCGCGGGGAUGGAGGCGGCGGACGGGGCAGCGGCAGCAGGUCUGGGCGCCGCGGGAGAGGGCGCAGCCAUGGUGCCGCAUCCCGGCCAGGAGCCCGCCCGCGGCUAGAGCCGGCCCCGGCCGGAGAGCUGCGGCGGGGCAUCCCUCAGCCUGAGCGCCUCCCCGCGCCCCCCCGGCAUGGAGCCGGGCGGCCUGGAGUGGCUGCUGGUGCCCAUGCAGCAGCUGGUGUCGUGGGGCGCCGCGGGGGCCAUGGUGUUCGGCGGCGUGGUGCCCUACAUCCCCCAGUACCGAGACAUCCGCCGGACACAGAACGCCGAGGGCUUCUCCACCUACGUCUGCCUGGUGCUGCUGGUCGCCAACAUUCUGCGGAUACUUUUUUGGUUUGGAAGGCGUUUUGAAUCCCCUCUUUUGUGGCAAAGCAUUAUCAUGAUCAUUACAAUGUUACUGAUGCUGAAGCUGUGCACUGAAGUCCGAGUGUCCAAUGAGCUAAACAUAAAGCGCCGCUCUUUUGCAGCUGCAGAUAGUAAGGAUGAAGAAAUCAAAGCACCUCCCAAGAGAUCCUAUCUGGAUUUUGACUUGAACUAUUUCUGGCAUUGGAGCAAGUUUACAGACUACGUGCAGUGUGUCCUCACCUUCACUGGUGUGACUGGUUACAUCACUUACCUCUGGCUGGACUCAUCUCUCUUUGUGGAGACGCUGGGCUUCCUUGCAGUGUUCACCGAGGCCAUGUUGGGUGUUCCCCAGCUCUACCGCAACUACCAGAACAGAUCUACAGAAGGAAUGAGGUUGCUCUAUGGCACAGUCACCCCUAACCUGCUCGCUCACUUGGGCUAAGAGCAGUUGUGCUGUCCUACUAGACUGUAUCCUCCAUAGGAACAAGGUGAGAGUUUCCUGCCUUCCGCAUCUCCCCAGCUUAGUUUUUGGGCUAUAUCAGGGAAGAUACCCGUGUAUUUACUCCUAAAUCCUGCUUUGCUGUGUAGCCAGUGCUGCACAGAACACCUUCACUUGCGUGACUUUGCAGAUGUCAGGAAGAGCGAGCAUGAAGUUGGCCUUUGUGAGAUAGGUUGUGAAAUUUUUGCUGCAUGCAGCCUCUUUGUGCUGGACUGUCCAGUCUCAGGUGGUCUUGGUGGUGGGCCCUGACAGCCCAAUCUGUGUUGGCAGCGCAGCAUUUUCCCUUGCACUGUGAGGCCGAGGGCCAGGCAUGCACCAGUGGCCUGUGACCUGCCAGCCCUGUGGCCUGUGACCUGCCAGGGAAGAGUAGCUGGAAAGCUGUCCAGUGGAAUAUGAGAAUAAUACAAGAACUGCCUCUCUUCCCCACGUGACUGGGUGAAGUUGAGCAGCUGUGAACAAAAACUGUUUUCUCUGUGCCGUGUGGCAUCCUGAAGUACCAUGAUGGCUGGAAGUGUGAGAACAGUGAUGGUGUAUCCAUGCCAUCCAUCGUGCGUAGUCACGCGUGCGCUGUUGCGUUACUGUGAGUGACAUUGUGUAUGCAGCAAGGACAAAGCAAUUGCAAAGCCCAGAUAAGGGGAGAGGACCACUGUUGUACUGAGCAUCUGGAAAUUAGGACUUGACAGAAGACGUUGAUGGUGUAAACUUCAUUCACCCAGUCUCCCAACCUCCUGAAGCACGGACGUGUGAUGUGGUAGUGGGGGCAGGGGCAGCUCUAUUCCCCCUGAGAUGCCACGUGGACACUUGAUGGGUUUCUCAGUGAGCUGAAACUUCCAGGCUGUGUGUGCAAAUGGGUUCUGCUUGAGAGGGGAGAGAGCCAACAACAGUAGUUUUUCCCCUCCCUGGGGUGGGCACUGGAGGAGUGAGACACAUACUUAAUUAGAGAGGAUGCUUUGUAGGCCCUCCUCCCCCCCCACUACCAAAACCUUGCCACGCAAACCCAAUACAACCCUGAACAUCCUUUUCUCUGGUUAUACUCUUCUGUCUGUCCAUCCCAAAGUCAGAUUGUUUCCAAGGACUUGUGUACCAUGUUCCCAGUUCUCUUUCCGUUCCUGUCUUUUCUUGUCCUGCUCCAGUCUCUUUUUCCUUUACCGUUCUCACCUGACCAACCUUUUGGCUUCUCUGAUGUCUCCUUGGCUUUUCUCUGUGGAUCUUCAUUGCCUUGUCUCAUGUCUUGCAUGUCUGUCCCCAUUUUCUUGCCAAGUGGUUUUAGGUUACCCCACAUGCCUUUCAGUCUAUGCUGGACAUGUCCCUUUUGUUCAGUCCCACUCUCUCCUCUGGAGAGCAUCUGACACUCCCACAGUCACUGAUUUGCAUCAGCCCUGUGCUCUGAGAACCUCGGUGCAGCUGCAGCGCUAAGUUUUGUGAGACAUCAAGUGGACAGAGGAGGAUGCACAUUUUUUGGUUCAGUGGCAGACCAGUGGUAUUAGCUCUUUAAACUAUCUGUUGCAUUUUUUAAAAUCAGUUUUGCCAAGAUCAAGUUGAGUUUUUCCUGUGUGUAGAGCAUUGUCAUGUCCUAGUAAGAACUCCAGGCAUGGUGUUGAUCUCCUUGAGUGUCAGGUGUACCACCUGAAGAGUGGGGCUCUGAAACAUGCAAAGGCUGUUGGAGCAUGCACCAAGUUACCCAGCCAGUAUUGCAGAAUGUUGAGUUCACGGGUGGCUUCCUAGCAAAACCCAGAAUUGCUUUGGCAAACUUGGCACAGCAUGUGACACAGCUAGAGGCGUGCUUGGCUCGUGUGAUGCUGCUGAAGUGCGGGUGUCCGUAAGGUUUCCCUCAGUGAUUGAUUAUUCUUUCUUUGUGGGGGUUAAUUCUUUUUUGGGCUGUACAUUUUCUGACAGUGUGUAUCUUGUUCUCCACAUCUCCACUGCACUGUAGGAUCACUUAAAAAACCCAGCUAGCUUUCUCCAUGGGGAAUUUGUGAUAAAUAUCCUUUGCUUGUUAAAUUCCCAUUCAGCUGUUCCACGGCAUCCCUGAAUUGCCCUUCUGUCAACAGUGAGCAGUUGGUUUGAUUGGCCAGGUUGGGCAUGUGCUUUUAGAGAGGGUCCCCAGCCAUACCAUGACAGAUUCACACCCAGCAAACAAUCAGGAGCUUAAAAUUAGAGGAGGAGGAAAGCUUGCUGCCAGCAAGCAAGAUACCAGUUUUAUUACCCUCAGAGCUUAUUGCCCUUCCUAAUUAAAAUCUCAAUCAGUUGCAACCGCUUGCCUGCAUCUAUAAAGCUCCCCUAAGUGUGAAGUAAGGUGACUUGGAGUGACUGGGAAUGUGCACAGGGCAGGUGGUGCAUGCUGUUUGCACCAAGCACAAAUGAUCUUGUGGGUUCAGCAGUUGUUUUCCUUCUCUGAUUAUUUAUUUGCAUUUUUAGAAUGACCUUGAGUGGGGAAUGACUGCUCACUCAACCCUAUGUCCUUGCUUGCACUUCCAGACAGAGACUCUUUGGAAGGUCCUAGUUGUUAGACCUGUUUUAUGCUCUCGGCUACGUGACCUGAGUUACAAAAAAGCUCUUGUUCCCACAGUGCAGUGGGGCUGUAUAAACUGAUGCUCAUGGCCACCCUUCCCGUAUGGGGAUAGAGUGGGCUGCAGCAUUUGGCUUACAAUAGCAUUGUGUGCUUCCAUCCAAAAUACAAAUUGUGCUAGCUCCUGCCUGAAUGCUUGAAAAAUGAACAUGAAGUCCUACCCUGCUGUAUGGACCUGACUGUGUUUGAUGAAUUGGAGUCUCUGCUGGCAAAAUGUAAUUGCUUGUAAUUAUGACAAAUCACGCGCCUUGCUCAUACUGUGAACUACAAAGCUUUUGUCCACUACCGCUUAUCCAACUACUUAAAAAGCUCUCCUGAUAAAGUGCAUGAAACUCAGAAACAGCCUUCAAGGUUUGGUUAUUCGCAUUUUGUAGAGGACACCAAAAAAAAUUUGGUGUAUUUGAACUCACUUCUAUUCCCCAGAGUUUCUCCUGAUGUGGGGGAGCAGAAAUGGGACUGCAGGACGGGGGAUGGCUCAGCAGUACAGCAAGAUGAAAGCAAGGAUGGCUAUCAAGAGCGUUGCUCUUGAUCCGUGUCCUUGAUAAAAAUCCCUAGUGAUGUUCAUCCUUCCAGUAACAGCUGCAGGCAUGUCGUUUCUCCUCUUUCUGUAUUACUGGACAAUCUGUCCUUUUGCUUGUUUUGGGUUUGCAUUUUCUGCAGUAGGGAGUGGUUUCUUCUAUCCACCAGGAGUGUUUGUUUCAGCACAUGGUAAAAAGGCGUGCAUGCACGAGGGAGUGGUCUGUGUGUUACCUCACCUUGCAUGAGCACAAAAUGGCACGCACAAGAAGCAACUUCUGGGAUGAAUUGCCAUUGUUUUCCAUGUGCUGUAUUACUUUGGUUUAUGGUCCAUGCUGUCAGCAUGUGGCAGUCACGUUUACAGCGCACCACUGAGUUCAAUGUCCUAGCUGGCUAUUUUAAAAUGCUGGGUACCUUCAUAGCCACAGGUAUUUGGAGCUGUAAUUGCUGAGAUAAGAGUGCUGCAGUUUGUGGAGUAGAGAACUUGGUGCUCCCUUCCAGGUACAGUGCUGCACCUCUUGGCUGGGCAUACUGUCUGCCUAUGUUGAGGGGAGUCCCAACCUACUGCUGAGUAUAAAGCCUUGCUGAAAAAGGGGGGAUCCUCUGGCACAGCAGGUCUAAUUUGAAGGCGAGUUCUUCUCAGUAAAUACC